UGGGAUGUUUGGACAACGAUCCUCUUAUCUAUUACUACUUGGCUAUUAAUAUUAUUGUUUAUUAAUUUUGCAACUGCCGACAGUAAAGUUGAUUCAUUUUUCUACUAGAAAAGGGGAUUGAUCGGUGACAUAUUUGGGUUGCUUUUGGUUUAUCUCGAUUAUUUAUCAAUAGACUUCCCCAUGCAUCUUUUGUGUAUAUGCGUACUAUAGUUAUCUGACGCCCACUAAAUCUAUAGCCGUAGGUCUUACCGAAUAGCAGCCCGUUUCGAUUAAAUCAAUAAUAUUCGGAACGAAAUAACGUCUAUAUUGUGUCUCAACAUUACAAUAGUUAUUUUGCAUAUUAUGUAUACAUGUGACUGAAUAAAUCAACAUGUCUGAAAAUGAAAGCAUCCCAGAUGGGACAACUUUAGUUCUGAGUGAUGGAAACACUGAAAGCACAAUGACUAUUGAUACUGAUCAUAUUAAGCUGGAAGCUACUGCUUCUGGAACUGAAAAUAUUACAGACAUUCAAAAUUAUUUAGAUUCUUUCAACAAAGAAAUCGAGGGAAAUGAUGGAACUCAAGUUACUGGUGCAGAUAGCGAAUCAGUUGAACAUGCAUAUUUUAUUGAUCAAAAUGUUCAGUAUUAUUAUCAAACAACAACUGGUGAUGGUCAAAUGGUUAUGGUUGGAGGUAUUUCAGAACAAGAUGCACAACUGAUGGCAGAAACAAAUGAUAAUAAUAUGGAAAUAGUUAUACCUGGUCAACAAGAUAAAUCUAAAAAAGAUUUAGCACAAAUUGUUGCAUUAGGUGAUGGCAGUGGAUAUCAAACUGUUACUUUGGUUCAAGCUGAUUCUGAAGCUAACAACUAUGUUUUAUAUGUUGUAAAACAAAAUGACAAAAAUGGAGAAUCAUCAAAUGUCAGCAUGGAAAUAUCUCAAGAUGAUCCAGAUGAUCCUGAUAUUAGUAAUGUUUAUGAUUUUAAUGAUGGAGAAGAUCCUACAAUUAUAAAAAAACCUAUUGUUGAUUCUGCCGAAGAAGAUGAUAAAAACAAAGUGGCAAAAAUUCCACCCAAGAAGUCACAAACUGUAACACAAGCUCAUAUGUGUAACUAUUGUAAUUAUACUACUGGUAAAAGAUACCUAUUAUCACGUCAUAUGAAGUCGCAUUCCAAAGAACGUCCUCAUAAAUGCACUGUAUGUGAGCGUGGUUUUAAAACAUUGACAUCAUUACAAAAUCAUGUUAACACUCAUACAGGAACCAAACCAUACCAAUGUCGCAGUUGUCCAAGUGCUUUUACUACAUCAGGAGAACUUGUAAGGCAUGUGCGUUAUAAACAUACUCAUGAAAAACCACACAAAUGUACAAUAUGUGAUUAUGCAAGUGUUGAAUUAAGUAAAAUGAGAAAUCAUAUGAGAUGUCAUACAGGAGAAAGACCAUAUCAAUGCCCACAUUGUACUUAUGCUAGUCCAGAUACUUUUAAAUUAAAACGCCAUUUACGCAUACACACUGGUGAAAAACCAUAUGAAUGUGAUAUAUGUUUUUCUAGGUUCACCCAAUCUAAUAGUUUGAAAACUCAUAGAUUAAUUCAUAGUGGAGAAAAACCAGUGUUUAAAUGUGAACAUUGUCCAGCUACUUGUGGUAGAAAAACAGAUUUACGUAUACAUGUACAAAAACUGCAUACUUCAGAUAAACCUAUUAAGUGUAAACGAUGUGGUGAAGCAUUUCCCGAUCGUUAUAAAUAUAAGGUUCAUUGCAAAUCCCACGAAGGAGAAAAAUGUUAUAAGUGUGAAUUGUGUUCCUAUGCUUCCAUGUCUCAACGUCACCUAGAAACACAUAUGUUAAUUCACACUGAUGAAAAACCAUUCCAUUGCAAACUUUGUGAUCAAUCUUUUAGACAAAAACAAUUAUUGAGAAGGCAUCAUAAUUUAUACCAUAAUCCAGCUUAUAUUCCUCCUCCACCCCAUGAAAAAACUCAUCAAUGCAACACCUGUCAAAGGUCAUUUAGACAUAAAGGAAACUUACUUAGACAUAUGGAAGUCCACAUGCAGGACUCAAAUGCACAGGACCGAAAUACUGCCAUGAAACAAAGAAUAGAAUAUACUGAUUCAACUAAUGAAGACGAAUCUGAGGAGGAUACAAGUAUUCCUACAAAUGAAACCGGUGUUGUAGCAGUUGAAGGUGAAGAUGGACAACAAUAUGUUGUCUUAGAAGUUAUUCAGUUAGAUGGGCAGGAUCAAAUGGAUGGUUAUACAUCAACAAGUGUUUCUAUUCAGCAGUCAGAUGAACCAUCUACUGAACAAAAAGACUUAACUAUUUUGAAAACUGCAUCUCUUUUGGAUGUAAAAGAGGAAUGUGGGGAUGGAGUAGAAAAUUGCUUUGGAUUUGAUGAUGAAGAUGAAGAAGAAACUACAAAUUCUGGAGUAUAAUAAUAGUACUUCAUAAUUUUGUUAUUUCUUUAAAAUAUUUUUCAUUAUCCUUCUAAUUAAAAAAAUUAAUUUGAAUUAAUUAUUUUAUUAAUAUAAUUUUAAUUUUGAUCAAACAUCACUUGGAACACAAGUAAUGGUGUUAUGUAUAGAUGACUUUAUAUUUUAGAUUGUGAUGUUUGCCAACUUUUUUAUUAAUUAAUGUGUAAUGCCAUAAAUUGUUUUGUAUAUUUUACAUUUGUAUAUGUAAUUGUUUCCAAUCAAGCUAAAUGUAUAUAAUUUUUGUAAAGUAUUACUCAAAUCCAAGUCAUUAGCGUGUUUAAUAUUGAAGCAAAAGUUUGCUUUAAAUUUCCUUCAAUUCUUAAGUAAUUUUUUAAGAAAUAAAUUUAAAUAAUUAUGUUUUUAAAACCGAAAAUUUUAUGUUCUUGUAUCCUAAGAAAAUGUAUAUUAAAUAGGAAUUACUAUAAUUACUGUAAACAAAAAUACAAUAAAAAUAAAAAAACUACUUAAUUAUUUUUGCGUUCAUUGAGUUUAAAUUUGUGAAUAAGAAGAAACAAGAAAACAUACAUGUAUUUAAUUAUUUAAAAAAGUAAUAUUAAAUUUUUAUUUUGGGCGUUAAUGAAAAUUGAGCAUUUUGUUAUUUUUUUAAAAUUAUUAUUUUAAAGACUGCACCAACAUAUUUUAAAUUAAUUAAGUUACAUAAUUAAAUUAUAUUAUAAUAUUAAAGUUCUCUGUUGUAAUAAUCAUUUUAUUACCAGUAGAUAUUUGAUUAAUAGAUUAA